AUGGAGCCGGCCAUCUGGCUGCCACCCUCCAUACUAAAGGUGAGCGAUCACCUGGGGGUUAAUUCCCUGAUUGGAUAUCUCGAUAACCUUGGUGGCAAUGCUGCCCCUAUUGGAUAUACCGAUGACCUGGGUGGCAAUGCUGCGCCUAUUGGAUGUCCCGAUGACCUGGGUGGCAAUGCUGCUCCUAUUGGAUAUCUCGAUGACCUGGGUGGCAAUGCUGCUCCUAUUGGAAAUCCCGAUGACUGUGGUGGCAAUGCUGCUCCUAUUGGAUAUCCCGAUGACCUGGGUGGCAAUGCCCCCACGGCAUAUGCCGACUUUGCUUCGACCGAUUUUCCGAGCAAAUCGAUACCGGAUAGCGACGAGAGAGAAAUCGUCCCCGCCGAGCAGAGGCCGUGCGACAUUCAACCACCGCUGAAGCAAGCAGAGCAGCGCCGACGUGGCCUCUUGUCGACCGUCAUCUCCGCACUCAGCUACGGCUUCAGCGCAAUGCAAGCGAUCGCCUGGAUUCGGGCACGCAAGAAGCUGCGUGGUGGCAGCGUGAGCACGAAAUUGGUGCGGAAGGCGUUUGUCUACAAUUCCAAGGUCCGCUAUUUCCAAAGACGGAACCCGCGUGGGGUGAUGGUUAUCCGCACGUUUCUCGUCAGCAAGGAGGACGCUGGGAGGCCCCGCAAGAUUCAAGACUUCGUUGGCAGAGUGAUGACCGGAAGAAGAGGUGCCCAAGACGGCGGUGGUUCAGCAAAGACAACGAGCCGUUGGGGUCUUCCCAGCCUGCCAAGCUGGAUUCGGUGGCAAUAGCGAAAUCGAGAUAAAACUGGGGGAAAAAAACAAAAACAUGUAAAAAAAAUAUCGACUACAAUAAAUAUUUAUUUCCAA